GCCGGUUCAACUCCGCCAUGAUCCGGACCGUCUGUUUACACCCGCGGCCUGCUGGAACCCGGAAACAGGCGGCUGCUGAUGGCGUCACCGGUCGCAGGUUGAUGACGUGUGUAUCAGAGAGAGAGAGAGAGAGAGACACUCCUUCACUCUGAAUCGAGAUAAAAGGAAGAAUCAAAACCAGACCAAAGAGCCUGGGACCAGCCCCGCCCCCCCCGCCAUGAUGAUGUCUCAGGUCACGCCCACUCUGUUCCUGGGCGGGGCCGACGCGUCCCUCAACGCGGCGCUGCUGUCCCAGAAGCGCAUCACGCUGAUCGUCAACGCCACGCUGACCCACGCGUGCCCCGUCUACCCGGGCGUGGAGUGCGUGUGCGUGCCCGUCUCCGACCUGCCCAGCGCGCGGCUCGGAGACCACUUCGACCGCGUGGCCGAGCGUAUCCAUGGCAACCGGGAGGGCGGCACGCUGGUGCACUGCGCCGCCGGCAUGAGCCGCUCCCCGGCGCUCGUCAUGGCCUACCUGAUGCGCUUCCGCGGCGUGACGCUGCGGCAGGCGCACCGCUGGGUGCAGGACAGCCGGCCCUUCGUGCGGCUGAACGCCGGCUUCUGGGAGCAGCUGCUGCAGUACGAGCGGCGGCUGUACGGCAGGAACACCGUCAGGGUGGAGCCGCCCGAGGAGCCGCUGCUGCCGCCACCGCCGCCGCCGCCGCUGACGCCCCGGGUGACACGGGCGGCGCCGCGACUGCAGGCGUACCGGGUGAGUGCGGUGCCCGGGUCGCCGCUGAUGACCCGGAUGCAGGUGAUGACCCAGGGGACCAGGAGGCCGAAAAGAGCGACGGGACUCACCAGCCUUAAGCCGAAGUUUUUUUCCUAGCAUGGCGAGGGAAUGUUACCUGUGAGGUGGUUCAGGCUGGCUGGUGGAGGUCGGGCUUGUCUUUGCUGUAUUUCUCUCUGUUGCACUACUUUAUGUUUUAUUGUCUUAACGCUUCCUGUCUCUGUAAGCCACGCUGUCUCUGUUCAUGACUUGAAAUAAAGAUUUACAAAAAAAAAGUGACGGGUAACUUCAGGGAAAGGCUGUAAAGACUGACUGUGAGUCAAUUCAAAAUUCCGCUGCCAUGCUGGGAAAAAAAAACAACCUGGCCAGCCUUAAAGUCUGAUGGUGCGUUCAGGUUACCGUAAAACCAGCCGCCACAUCAAACUGAGGAACUGAAAGGAAACGCCUCAGAUGAGCGAUCGAUGACAUCAUCAUGUGGGGACAUCUUCCGUUCUUCUUCUACUGAUUGUUUUUAUUGUCGUAAACUUUUAUCGACUUGAGUUUCCUGCAUUUCUAUUUCUUUAUGUUUUGUGAGACGACCUUUAAAUUAAAAGUGUUUCAGAAAUAUCUUUAUUUUUCAUGUAUUUACUUUUUAAUUUGGAUUCUUUUUAAAGAUUUUAUUUGGCAGAACCUCGCUGCUGUUAACUGAAAUAAUUAAAGCUGCAAUCAUUAAAUGGCUGAUUAAAGUGAGGACCGUUUAGA